AUGCCUGCCAUUGGUCACUGCGUGCAGCGCUACUAUUGCACCCGCAAAGGGAGGGCGGAAGGGCGGAGUUCCAACCGCGGAAUCCGGCAGCCUAGAUCAGCCAUGGCUGCGUGCGACGUCGCUGGGAUGCGACGCUCUGGCCUCAGGCUUGUGCUCGCUGCUGUGCUGGCUGCUCUCAUGCUCUCAGGGCGGCGGAAGCCCUGCGCCUGGCAUGCACGGACCGCAGCUGCUUUUGAGGCGCCUCAAAAGCCACCCACCCCCUCCCCAACCCUUCCCCUUCUCUUCCCCGGGGUUCCCCCAGCGUGUGCGCCCAGGGCGGCGGAGGCCCUGCGCCUGGCAUGCACGGACCGCAGCUGCGGCGCCAACGCGAGGUGCCUCAAGAGCGUGGCGGGCUGGGCGGACUGCGUGUGCGACAGGGGCUUUAAGCUGCUGCCCAACGCCUCCUGCGCGCAAACCUGCACGAGUGCGGACUGUGGGGAGAACGGGUACUGUGAGGAGGAGCAGGGGGGCCGCACCACGUGUCGCUGCAACACUGGCUUUGCCAACACCGCGGACGGCUGUGUUGACACGUGUGUGCUCCUGGAGUGCGGUGAGAACGGCCAGUGCGUGAAGGACGAGGAGGGGGCGGCGUCGUGUGUGUGUGACGCUGGCUUCACGCUGCGAGACGAUGGCAAGUCGUGCGCUGAGAAUGCGCCCAGGGCUCCAGCCGUCGUGCUGCCACCUGCUGCCAGCAACCGCCGCUGCCCGCGGGGCCAAGAGAAGGACGCCGAGGGCAACUGCGUUGACGUGUGCACGGUACGCAACUGCGGCCCCAACGCGAGGUGCCUGAAGAACGAGGCAGGCUGGGCCAACUGCGUGUGUGAAAGGGGCCUCAAGCUGCUGCCCAAUGCAUCCUGCGCGCACUCGUGUGCGAUAAGGGACUGUGGGGAGAACGGGUACUGUGAGAAGGAGCAGGAUCUCGCAGUCUGCCACUGCAACUGGGGCUACGCCUUGACCGAGAGCGGCUGUGUUGACACGUGCAAACUGCAGGCAUGUGGUGAGAACGGUCGCUGUGUGAAGGAUGAGGCGGGGACGGCGUCGUGUGUGUGUGACAUUGGCUUCACGCUGCAAGAUGACGGCAGGACGUGCAUGGACAAUUGCAUCCUUAAGAGGUGCCAGGCGCUCACAUCGGAUUGUAUGAAGUACGAGGAUGGCACGGCGUACUGUGUGUGCAAGCCAGGCUACACGCUGCUCUACGGCACCUGUGUUGGGCCGGCCACGUGUGGCAACUGUCCGUCCCUCGCCACAUGCACGCUGGUCUCCUCCACCAGAAAGGCUCCUUACUGCGUCUGCCCUUCUGGCUUAGGCAUGACCCCCACUGGCUGCGUCCGUGGCGCCCUCCCUACCGUGUCGUCAGCAAGUCUUACCUUCUACAACCAGCCGGGGUUUGCCUUGACGCCCUACACAUACACCAUGCGUGUGAGAAACACUGGAUGCACCAACCUGCCUUCGACAAUUGGUCUUAACAUGCGCUCGUACUGGCGGGUGGACCGGGCACCGGGAGGGGCGGGGAACUGCCAGUUUGUCAACGUGUAUCGCUACGCCAACUGCGUUACGCUGCUGGCUCAGAUGCCUGCUCUGUCACUCACCAGCAUCGCUGCAGCGGGUGUCUCAUUCACAUCAGCUGACAUGCUGUCUUUCAUGUGUGUCCGCUAA